UCUCGCAUUCCAGAGCGCUUGGGAUGACGUGGGCAUCUUGUUAUUCAGGUGAGCACUAUAUUUUCUUCACCCAUGUUGAACGCCCAUAAAUCCGUACAAGCCUCGCUCUCUCCGUAAAAAUGUCAGCAAUACUGUAUCUGCCAGGUCUACUAGUCAUUCUCUUCAAACGACACGGCCUCUUUGCGACUAUCCGACACAUGCUCGUCUUGGCGUGCACUCAGACUCUACUUGCCCGCUCUUUCCUCAUUGCAAAUGCAAAGUCCUACCUGCGGAAUGCAUUCGAUUUAUCACGCGUUUUCUUGUACAAGUGGACUGUGAACUGGCGCUUUGUUGAUGAACGUACAUUUUUGAGUCCCGCAUGGGCGAAAGGCUUACUUCUGGGUCACGUUACGGUGUUGGUUACCUUUGGAUUAUUCCGAUGGUGUCGCGGCGACGGUGGCGUAGCUAGAGUUCUACAGAGAGGCCUCCGGCGACCAGGUCGGCCUGCUGGUUUGGCACCUGUAGAUCCCGAUUACGUGGUUACUGUGCUUACGACGUCCAACCUCAUCGGCAUCAUCUUUGCACGAUCACUGCACUACCAAUUCUACUCGUGGUAUUCGCAGCAAUUGCCUCUUCUUACUCAAAGAACGAGGUUUCCUUUUAUCAUGCAGAUGGCACUCAUAGGUGCAAUCGAAUAUGCUUGGAACGUUUAUCCAUCCACGCCACUUUCAUCUGGCCUUCUCCUUGCCGCAAAUCUUGUGAUGCUACUUGGGAUUUGGUUCGGAUACGCAGAAGGGAAGAUGUUUUCAAAACGCUCAAACCUCAGUCAAGUCUCCCCAAAACAAUUAUCCCAAAAGUAAUAGUGAUU